AUGACGGUUCGCUUCAAGUGUCGGAGUGAAUACCAGAAGAGCUACAGGGUUUCCCGCUCCAGGAGUGAGUCUCCUCAGCGCUGCGCCCCAUUGGCCGGCCUCCGCUCCGACCACAUGAGAAUCUGCAGAGAUCCAGUUCUGCAGCGGCGGAAGAGACUUGAUCCUGGAGGUCUCACUCAGUCCUGGACUGCUCUGUCCUGUGCGUCCGACCCACAGCGCCCCCUAGCUGCUCCGACUGCUCACACUCACAGUAAAAGUUCUUCUUCAGCCUCUCAGAGUCGCUCAGGCCACAGGAAGGAUCCUUCCCCAAAACCUCCAACGCCUCCUGAAGCUCCAGCAGGACCAGAACCUCCAGCAGGACCAGAACCUCCAGCAGGACCACGACCUCCCGCAGGACCAGAACCUCCAAAAAGAUGUUCUGCAAACUCUGGAUCAUCAGGAGAACCGGGAGCUGUCUCCUCAGCAAAGCUCCACCCCUCGCAGCUCCACAGCCAAUCACAGGCCAGCCGCCCCUUGUCAGCAGCACCUGAUGGACGGCAGCUCUCAGCCAAUGAGGUUGAACAAGCUCUGCGCUGGAGGGCGGGGCUGAGGUCAACAGGUCAAAGGUCAGGAGGUCACCGGACAGAGUACAACCGACAGUUCAGCUGGAAGAAACCAGUAACUUCUGCUUCACCCAUACUGAAGGCAGAACAGGCGCUGUAUUCCAGCAGCAGGUGUAUCCCCCCCUUUAAGAAGAACCCAGUCUCAAUGGAAACCGAGUAUCAGCAAAACUUCCAGGGUGUGGCCCCUCCCACUGGACCCCCCCUUCUGAAACAUCUGGAACAUCAGAGAAUCCCACUGUUCCACACGUACACGAGCAACAAAAAGAGGAGGGAGGAGUCUCAGAAGAUGCUCCGCCCCAAACACAAUGACCCCGCCUCUCAGGAAGAUGACAUCAGAACUCCUCCCCCUCCUCAGAUGCAGAGAGGUCACAGAACGUUGACAGAGUAUGAGUCCAGCUUUCGUUCUCCCCUCUACAGGAUCCCAGAAGAAGGCGGGGCCAUGGAGGGUGACACCCCUCAGCUGACGGAGCUGAGGCAGCGGGCGGCGUCGUACCGCAGCCGGGCCUGGGGAGCCAACUUCUGCAGAGACCACCUGAACCAGCUGCAGUCGGAACACAACGCGCUGUGGGAGCCCACGGACUCGUCCACCGACCCCCCCACCCCCCGCCUGACCUUUGACCUGGGCCCGGAGCCCGACAGCCGCAGCACUUCCUGUGUGGAGGCUCUGGACCUGGACAGUCGCUCGUCGAACUCCAGUCAGAGGUCGUCUGUCCUGGGCUCAGCAGAGACACACAAAACAAACAAAAACACAAAAACAAACGCACAAACACCUCUAGUGGAGAGACGUUCAGCAUGGGAGGAGGAAGAAAGUGAAGACGAGGACGAGGGGAGGUUAACAACUCCCAGGCUGAAGAUGAGACCAGUUCAGAGAACUCACCACGACCUCACCACACCUGCCACAGGAGGCGCUAUACUAGUGGGAACAGUGAAGAGCAGCGAUGAAGCGUCUCUGAACAAUCAGCAGAUGGAGGCGUGGUCUGAGAACAGUCGCCCCCACCGCCCGUCACCAGCCUCUAAACCAAUCAGGACAAAGCAAACGUCUCCACCCACAGUAGCCCCGCCCCUCCAGCUCCCGCCCGCGCUGCACUGCAUCCAGGGAACGCUGAGACACCCCGACUUCCAACACAACGGGGAUCUGGGUUCCAGGCUCAUGGAGCUGCAGAGUUCAGGAGACGAUGAAGACCGGCUCUCAGUGAUGUCAUGGCGUUCGGCCGCCUCGUGCUCCGCGGCGUCCGGCGUCCUGGAGCGAGCUCAGAGGAGAAGAGAGGGCUUCUGGGGGAAGAGAUGA